AUGGAGGCCAGUCCCACCAGUCUCAAGAGGCUGAAGUUUGGGAAGCUGAAGGUGGUCCGUCGGCGCUUGCUGCAGAGGUACGAGCACCAGCCCUUCAUCUCCUGCCUGGCUGGUUUCUACAGCUGCCGCUGGAAGCGGUACCAGCGCGAGAGGGCUGAGCCCGGGAAGUGCUGCUGCAGCAUGCGGGAAUGCAUGUUUUUCCCAUUGCUCAUUGCAGCUUUCUGCUUUUCUCUGGUCUUUCUGUACACGUGGGGUGAAGGUAAAAAUGACUACAAUAGCUUUGACUGGUAUAACUAUGGGAAUCUGGGCUUCUGGUUUCUCUGGUCUCUUGUUAUCCUGAUUGUGGCUGCACUCUUGUUCACAUAUAUCUCACUGUUACUGGUCCUCGCGAUGUGUUUGCUUGCAGAAGGUCAGCAACUGUACCUGCACUGGAGUCACAAGAUUGGUACUUUUCUUGUCUUGGGCUUCUCUAUCUCGUCCCUCUUCGCAUUGUCUAUACUCUGGCGAGAUCAUGGGAAAACUGUCCGCCUCUCAUUCCAGGUCACUGCUCCUUAUCUCCACAUAGGGGCAAUUGCCAUUAUGGUCCUUCUUGCCUGGCCUGUGGCUCUUCAUGCCCUCAGAGCAGAUAAGAAAGUUACUCAGGUGAUAAUUAUUGGUCCAUACCUGGCUAUCCUUCUCUUUCUUUUCUUGAUACCUCUGGGGAUGUACUCUCCUUGCAUCAGAGAGAUGGGAACGCUUGGACCAAAACCAGCCCUCAUUGGACACCGUGGAGCACCAAUGCUGGCACCAGAAAACACUGAGAUGUCAUUUCUGAAGACGAUUGAGCAUGGUGGGGAUGGUCUUGAAACAGAUGUCACCAUAAGCUAUGAUGGGGUUCCUUUCCUCAUGCAUGAUGACACCUUGAGAAGGACAACUAACAUCCAAGAGGUCUACCCUAAUGACACUGGUAAAGCAGCUUCAUUUUUCUCCUGGGAUGCUCUGCAGAAACUGAACGCUGGAAAGUGGUUCCUUAAGAACAAACCAUUUGUAGGGAUGGGCUCGCUGUCAAAGGCAGAUCAAAACCAGGCAAUGAAUCAGUCCAUUUACACGCUAAGUGGUUUUUUGCGCCUCGCAGACAGUCACAAUAAACUUGUGAUAUUUGAUCUCUACCGCCCUCCAGAGAAACAUCCUUACAGGAACUUGUGGCUCCGCAAAGUCCUGGAUGUCAUCCUCAAUGAGUCGAAGAUUAAACGCCAUCUGGUCCUGUGGCUGCAUAACAGCGUGAGGUCCUUUGUUCAAUCUGUUGCUCCUGGGUUUCAGCACACGAUGGGCAGAAAGGCACCAAUAGAAGACCUAUUAAAGCACAAUAUCGUCAAACUCAAUCUGGUCUAUACUGACAUGUCCAGUGAAGAUAUCCGGAAAUAUGCCGAGGCAAACAUCACCACCAACUUCUACGUGGUAAACGAGCCAUGGCUCUAUUCCCUGGCAUGGUGCUCUGGGGCACACUCUGUGACCACCAAUGCCGUCCACUUGCUGAAGGACCUCAGCCAGCCACUCUUCCUCAUGACUCCGCAGCAGUACAACAUCAUGUGGAUCCUGACAGAUCUGACCUCUGCAUUCCUCAUCUCACUCAUCUUUGCUCUGCACUGGUGGCGAGAGAAGAAUUUCUCCUGCUGUGCCCAGGACAAUAACCUGAUGAUAGAGAAUGGCACCUACAACAAAUUCAAGACAGAGCUCAGCGAUAUGCCUGCCGUGCUGGCCUGA